CAGCGACCUGCACGAGAGAGUCGCUGUUACCGAGCCGUCGUCAGAUCAGAUCCGCCUUCAGUCCCGACGCAAGGCGGCUGGAUCUGCCGCUCUGUGCGCACCGCUGGAGGAAAACACGCAAUCUGUACUUAUUUUUGGAGGGAUUUUCUUUUAACAUUUUACCGGAACUUUACGCAGGAAAACCACCGGAUUACACCUGCGUGCGUGCUCUGGUGGCUGACUCUAAAACCACUUUGUAUUCUCACCUAGACCCCACUUGUUGAUGGGGCACCGAGGGGGUCUCCCUCAAUUAUUAUUCGUAAUCUGGAUCUAACUCUGUCCGACGGGGGAAGUUUUGAGCAGCGCGGUUUCCUGACAGAUGGCUGCGAUGGGAGGUGAUCGGUAACAGCCCUCGGCAUCGGAUUACACAGUCAGGCUGCUGCCAGGUAAAGCAGCAGGAUGGGAAACCAGAUGGACAGGCUGUCACAUCUAAGUUAUGCAGAAGUUCCGACGGUGGACCCGAACGGCGUGGAUACGGACGACGGUCCGCGGAUCGGAGUGUCUUACAUCUUCUCGGGCGACGACGACGAGCUGGAGGACGGAUGCGCGGUGGAUGGCGGAGAAAAACGCGCAAACGAGGAAGAGAAAAACUAUGAUCAGCGCGACGAGGUGGAGUGCGCUGUCUACAACAGAGAGGAGUGCAUCUACGAGAAGAGCGCGAAGUGCGCAAACCUGGAGGUCUACUCCCCGGAGAACCUGCUCAACAAGUGCAAGGCGGGGGACCUGGUGGAGUUCGUGGCCACGGGUCAGUACCCGCACUGGGCCGUGUAUGUCGGGGACUUCCAGGUGGUGCACCUGCACAGAGCCGAGGUUAAAAACAGCUUUCUGACCGACGCCAGCCAAGGGAGGAGGUGUCGGAUCGUAAACGACUGGUACAAACUGAAACCCCUGUGCGCAGAAGUGGUGGUGCAGAACGCGAUGGAGCAGGUGGGGCUGAAGGACCGGGAGUUGAGCUGGAGGAACUCGGAGAGCUUCGCCGGUUGGUGCAGGUUCGGCAAGAGGGAGUUCAAGAUGGGCGGGGAGAUCCGGAUCGGCAAGCAGCCCUACAGGCUGAAGGUGUUCGUGUCGGACAAACAAUCUCACGUGUUGGAGUUUCAGAGCUUGGAGGACGUGAUCAUGGAGAAGCGGAGGAACGACCAUCUGGGCAGGACAGCCGUGCUGCGGGAGCUGGCGGCGCAUUUCAGAGGCGUGGAGGAGAUGAAAAGUGAGAUGGGAGCGGAAUGAUGUCAGUUCCUCAACUGUUACACUGAUCUCCUCAAUCCGUAGCAAUCCUCAUUAAUUUUUCAGGCCUUUGCAAAAAACAUUCACACCCCUGAAGUUUUACACACUGUGUCACAUUGCAGCCAAAAACCUAAAUGCGUAUUGGGGAUUUCUGACCAACUCAAAGGAGCACAUAAUUGUGAAGUAGAAGGAAAAUUGUACAUAGUUUUAAAAAUUUAAACCAAAAAUAUCAGAAAUUAAAGACUUAUUCAUUUAGCCUCAUUAGGUUCCCUAUACAUAGCAUUCAAAAAUUACUCCAGAAAUUAAGUUUUUGACAUGGAUGUCUACUCCCCGGAGAACCUGCUCAACAAAGGUAUGUCCGGUUAGAGCGAAUCUAACCGGACAUACCUCUGAACACCAUACCCACUGUCAAACAUGGUAGUGGCAGCUUCAUGCUGUGGGCCUGUUUAGAUUUAGCAGGGAGAAGGAUUUAGUCAUGGUUAAUGAGGAGCUGAAUGCAGGACAUUCAAAGCCUGUUUUAGAAUGGUCCAGUCAAAGUCAAGACCUAAAGCUAACUAGAAUUAUGUGGCAAGACUUGAAAGUUGAUGCUCUUAGAUCUUCUCCAUCGAAUACGACUGAGGUUGAGCUAUUUGGCUAAAAUAAGAACAGUUAGCAGAGACAUAACCAAGAUUUUGCAGCAAAGCCUUUGUUCAUUGGGUUGAAUCACUUUCUGAAGAAAAAAAAAAGGGAAUACUACCAUUCACUUUCCACUUCACAGUUAUGGACUUCUUUGUGUUGGUCUGUUUUAAAAUAAUAACCAAGCAAAUUGAAGUCAGUGGUUGUAAAGUCUCUACAUUUCAAAACAUUUAAGGGGUAUACAUUUGUUUGCGAGGCCCUGUAAGAAUAACUUCAGCAUUUAAUUGACACAUGGACAUAUUUUUGGUCCGUGUUUUUUAAAAGUUUAUAAUUUAACUGCCUUAAAGCCUCAAUCAUCAUUUCACAACUCAACUUUGACAAAUGAAAAUGACUGAAUCAGCUGUUUAUUUUUGCUACAAAAUGCUCUCCGCUCAUAUAAUGUAGUUUUAUAAACGCAAAUUCAUCCCAAAGUGUCUGGAAGCAGGAUGAACACAUUCCUUCUAUUUAUAGAUUGUCCCAUUACUUGAUCCAGUUGAGAUUUAAUUUCAUGUCUCAGCUCUCUCAGACUGCUGUGGAUUUUAUUUUUCAGCCUUUUUGGGUGGGUCCAACCCAGCGGCACAUGUGGAGGAAAUGUUGUGGAGCAUUGUCUGUUAAACUGAUCAAAGUCUGUGUUAACUGUUCCCAAAGUUUGAGUAAAUCAUGAGUGACUGUCCCACCUGGAUGCGAUUGUUAUUGUUUCUGCUGUUAAAGUUGAUCAAUACGAAGAUAAAAUCAUUUAAUGCAGUCUUUAUGCUCGGCGACCACAUUAGAUUUAGCGAUAGAUUAAUUGCUUGGAUGUGCAGCGAACAAAUCUGAAGCAACUGUGUGAUGCUUUUAUGGCUAAUAUGAACCAAAAUGUAUCUGGUACCAUGAAAGUAGUUCUGAAGAGUACUAACGUCGACCCAAUAAAGAGGCCAGUAAUGAUAUAUUUUAAUUUAGAAUAUUCAGCACAAACUGUAAUAAUUAUUUGUCUAAAUCUUGUGACGCAGCAAAAAUUAACAAAUUUUAGGAGUGCACUGAUUGCAGUUUUUUGGCCGAUCACAGAUUGCCGAUCUUUAA